AUCCAACUCGCCACUCCACCUCCAGGCCUCUACCUCACAGGACGGUAAUGUCCACUACGGCAGACUAUAUUGCCAAAUAUCCUCGGCGGCAAGCUCUGCUGGAAACAGUAGAGACAUACUGGCUGGAUGAUCCAAGGCGACCACCUGGAACGCUCGAUUCGUCUCUCAAGAAACACACCACACUUAUCAACAAACUCAAGUCUGCUCUGUUGAUAGGCCCCUCAGAAGCCUUUGCCAAAGAUAUAGAUGGCCUGACUUUGUCGAAAUACCUGGAGGAGAUUGUCGCGGCCGUCGUUGAUGGCGCUUCCAAAGGCAGAGGUGAUCCUGAAGUUGCUGUUGAUAUCAUCGUCCACCUGCAUAGCAGGCUCGCCCCCGACUUUCUUCAGCAACUUCUUCCUCUACUCCUGGGUGCACUGUCCGCCGGUGCACCCGUCAGUCUCCCCCUAGGCAAAGAUGGCGACAAGGAGAAGGAAAAAGAAGACAAGGAGAGGCUGGCGAAGCAGAGACCGGUAUUGAGGAUCAUUGCGGAGCUGGCUAUGGUAGGCGCCUGGGAGGAAGGUGCCGUGAAAGGAUCUGCUGAGAUUGGGAAGAUCCUUAAGGGCCUGAUGACGAACGACCCUCAAUUCAACAAUUUGCCCCUACUGUCGACCUUCCUCAAAUAUUUUGGCAGGGCCUAUCUUGGCAGCAAACAUAAUAACGAAUCAAUCAACGGCUCAGAUGCUACUGCCGAAGAGCAGACAAAGGAGGAAUUGCCGGAAGGUGUGACAGAGCUUGUCCCGGUAGAGGUGCAGAAGAAGAUGCGAGAGCUCUUUGCUGGCUAUUUCAAUACGACUAGCAGGACUCUGGUCAAGGGACAAAUAAAACUUCUCGAGCAAGACAAACGCAACCACGAAGCGUAUAUCAAGUCCGGCGAGAUCUUUGAAGACCGCCAGCAAGCUUAUGAGAAGAUGAUUCGUGCUAUCGAAAGGCUCAAUGCUGGUCUCCAAACACUUGCCGACCUUUUGGGCCUCGCCCCUCCCGUGCUCCCUACUGCUGCUACUCUAUCCAAAUCCGGUCUCCAAAUUGUCGACUCUGGGUCCUCAUUCACUGUCAGAAACGAUGGACCCAUCGCGGGGGGCAUUUGGGACGAUGAAGAGGAGCAGAGAUUCUAUGAGGAUCUGAUUGACCUCAAGGAGGUGGUCCCUUCUUCCCUUUUGGGCAUCAAGGAAAAGAGCGCGAAAGAAAAGGACGAAGAGCCGGGAAAUGCCGAGGAAGAACAGAUAGAAAAGCAGAAAGCAGAGGAAGAAGAGUUGCGCAAGCAGCUAGAGCAGAUGGAGCUGGCAGACUCUCAGGCUCAGCCCGAGUCCGAGAAGCAAGGGAUCGAUGCAGUGAACGCGGGAGGAGAUGCGGAGGAUAUCACAGAAGACUCUGCCGACGAGGAAGCCCCGACCACUACUGUCACGGAAGAAGAUGGGCUUCAAUCUGGUCCAGCUGCUCGACUUUCGGCGCUGUUUGCUGCUUUACCAGAGUCAAAUAAUAGAGAGGUUGUGGAUAAACUUGCCAUCGAAUUCGCCUUUUUGAACUCGAAGGGAGCCAGGAAGAGGCUAAUCAAGUUUCUUGGAGAAGUCCCGAGGCAGAGGACCGACCUUCUUCCACACUAUUCUCGGUUCAUUGCUACCCUCACGCCUUAUAUGCCGGACGUUGCUCAAGGUGUCCUCGAUAUUCUGGACGAAGAGCUACGUUAUCUGCAGAGAAAGAAACUGAUCCGUGAACUCGACAGCACGCGUCUCAAGAAUGUGCGCUUCUACGGAGAACUUGCCAAAUUCAAGGCAGCCAAGCCUUUCAACAUCCUACACGUCUUCAAAGUGUUCCUUGACGAUUUCAAGUUCAACAUCGACAACAUUGCAAACCUGCUUGAAACUUGCGGAAGGUUUUUGUUGCGCAAUGAAGACACCGCUGAGGUGGCGAAGCGAAUGGUGGAGUUAAUGAGACGCAAGCAAGCGAAUACGCAUUUGAACCAGAGACAGACGCUCAUGCUGGAGAACGCUUUCUAUACUUGUAACCCUCCCGAACGAGUCGCUCGAGAGAUCGUGCAGCUCACGCCAAUGGAAAGCUUCAUUCGGCAUCUGCUUGAUGAAGUGCUCAUGAAGCGAACCAUUGAUAAAGUCUUGAAGUUGUUGCGGAAGCUUCACUGGGAGGAUCCAGAGGUCUACGCGUACAUCUUUGCUUCCUUCACCAGCCCGUGGGAGAUCAAGUUUGGCAACGUACCGCACCUCGCCGACCUCGCGUGUGACCUCCAAAAGUGGCACCCUGAAUUCGGAAUUUCUGUCGUUGACGAGGUGCUUGAGAACAUUCGCAUCGACUUGGAAGAAAACAUAUUCAAGUUCAACCAGCGAAGGAUUGCUACCAUGAAGUAUCUCGGUGAACUUUAUAUGUACCGAGUCAUCAGCUCCUCGGUCGUCUUUGAUGUGCUUUGGAGCUUAUUGUCGUUCGGUCAUGCUGACCCCACGCCGUACCCGGGCCGAGAGAGUCCAGUCGAUGCCGUCGACGAUUUCUUCCGUGUGCGUUUAGCUUGCACUUUGCUCGAUACAUGCGGCGUUUGCUUUGAGAAGGGGUCUCAAGGGCGCAAGCUGGAACAGUACCUUGUCAUGCUCCAGCUCUACGUCACUUGUAAAGCGGAGCUUCCCAUGGACGUUGACUUUAUGCUGUCCGACACUCUUGAGGCUCUACGACCCAAAGCACCCAGGCUCAGGACUUUCACCGAAGCAGCCACUGCGGUGGACGAGCUUCUGGCCACUUCUGAAGACUUUGGUGUGGAAGAGGAUGGUUCAGACGACGAAGGCCUGCGACAAGCCACAGAGGACAAACCCGAAACACCCGAGCAAGUCCAUGCCGAGCUGGAAGGCACCGUGGAGGACGAAGACCAAGAUGUUGUGAUAAUCCGUGAUCAAGCCAAACCCGAUGAAGAUGACGCGGACGAGCGGGCUGCUUUCGACCGCGAAUUUGCCAAGGUCCUCGCCGAUACCACUGAUGCCAGGCGCGGUGAACAACGAAAGACUGCGCCUCCCAUAUUCGACACUGCAGUGCCUAUCAUGAGGAAGAAGGCGGACGAGGCGAAGGCUAGAGCGACGAGAGAGAAGGAGCAGGAAAGGGAGCAGGCGGCAAAGGAGGAAGAAGGGAGGAUGCAGUUCAUGCUGCUGUCAAAGAAGGCAGGAAAGCAACAGUUGCGAUCCCUCGCCAUCCCCACGGACUCGACCAUUGCUGUCAACUCCAAGACAUAUCAAGCUCAAAGCAAGGCGGAACAGGAGCAGCUGAAGAGGUUGGUGCUGCAAAAUGAGAGAAGGCUGGAGAGGUCAGAAGUUGAAGACAUUGAGACUCGGGGCAUCAAGCUCCGGUUCGCCCACUCAUGACCUGCCCGACGGUCUGACCGUCACACCAUGUGCAAACCAACGAAGAAGGCUCAAGGCCGGCUUCUAGGAUAGUCGUCAAAGUCGGCAAAAGAGCUCCGACUCUGCUUCACACUCCAGGUGUUGAGCUCGAAGAGAUAGGCCAGAAGUUGCUGCUUGGAUUAUGGCAUCUGCGUCCCCUCUCCAGCCAUUGUUCAACAUUUGGACAUCUCCCUCUGUACACACACAUUAUCUUCGCUGUCACAUGCAACUUCACCACAUCAUCUUUGAGAUCUCAGGUCGGACCCUUUUUCCACCCUGGAUCAGACUAGAAGGGUCGAGUGGUUGAUAUCUUGACUUCGCCUGCAAUGAGACAGCCGAUGUUGUCUCAUACCCCCUCUCCCGUACCCGGAGUUCAACUAUCGAAGGGGCUGCUUCGUGGUCAACGACCAAAAGGCCUCCUCAAGCAAACUUCUUGACUAUUUCAUAUAGUUAAAAGAGCAGCCGGAGAUAAGAAAGAUUCAAGAAUCAAGAAUGACGAAAGAUUGAGACAAAAGGCAUUUACGUGCGGCACACCCGCGCGGAUGGCUUCGUCACCGCUUGACACCACUCACCGAUUGGGUAUCACCAGAUCGCGUUCCGCCAGCAGCUCGGCAAGGUAUCAAUCGAACUGGAGAUAGUGCCUGGAGCGUAGAGGAGCAUGCAUCAGAUGACAGGAUCCCGGGUGACCUCGGUGGAGACCGCGAUACAUCACGAGACAACCCACUGCGCGGCAUUGCCUCCAUCGGCACUGCCUAUAUCCCCGGCACACGGCAGCCCUCUCGAUCUCUUUCUCGCAUGACCAGCCUUUCCAAGCAUGCCAAGUGCACUUUUUUCUAGCAAUGUCUGCCGCGAUCAUGGGCAGUAUGUAUGAUGGCAUGCAAUCUGAUUCUGGAU